UAUCCUGAAGACCCACAGACUGUGAGGGACGGGGCCGUCCUUCCACCAGAGAAGAGGUUCUCCUGCACCGAGUGCGGGAGAUGGUUCCUAUUUAAUUCCGGCCUCAUAGCACAUAAAAGAACUCACACGGGGGAGAAGCCGUAUUCCUGCCUUAAAGUACAUGAAAGAACUCACACGGGUGAGAAGCCGUAUUUCUGCCCGGAGUGCGGGAAAUGUUUUUCAGAUCAGUCACAUCUUUACAGACAUCGGAGAUCGCACACGGGGGAAAAGCCGUUUUCCUGUCCUGAGUGCGGGAAAUGUUUUUCAGACAAGUCCAGUCUUAACAGACAUCAGAGGUGUCAAACGGGGGAGCAGCCUUGUUCCUGUUCUGAGUGCGGGAAAUGUUGUAUAAAAAAAUCAGAGCUUGUCACACACCAGAGAUCUCACACAAGAGAGAAGCCUUAUUCCUGUCCCGAGUGCGGGAAAUGUUUUUCACAGAAGUCUAAUCUUUACAGCCAUCAGAGAUUGCACAGGGGGGAGAAGCCGUAUUCCUGUCUCGAGUGCGGAAAAUGUUUUUCAUUGAAGUACAAUCUUUACGCUCAUCAGAGAGUGCACACGGGAGAGAAGCCGUAUGCCUGUCCUGAGUGCGGAAAAUGUUUUUCAAGGAAGAACAAUCUUACCAGUCAUCAGCGAGUGCAUAUGGGGGAGAAGCCGUAUUCCUGUCCCGAGUGCGGAAAAUGUUUUUCACAGAAGUCCAAUCUUUACAAACAUCUGAGGUCUCACACGGGGGAGAAGCCGUUUUCCUGUCCUGAGUGCGGGAAAUGUUUUUUGCAGAAGUCCGAUCUUUACAGACAUCAGAGAUCGCACACAGGGGAGAAGCCGUAUCCUUGUCCCGAGUGCGGGAAAUGUUUUGCACAGAGGUCCAGCCUUUACACGCAUCAGAGAUCUCACACGGGGGUGAAGCCGCUUACCUGUCCUGAGUGCGGGAAAUGUUUUUCGCAGAAGUCCGAUCUUUACAGACAUCAGAGGUUGCACACGGGGGAGAAGCCGUAUCCCUGCCCUGAGUGCGGGAAGUGUUUUUCACAGAAAUCUGACGUUAGCAGACAUAUGCAGAGAUCUCACAUAGGGAAGAAGCCGUAG